AAGAAAAGGAGGCCGAGGUGUCGACAACGCCCAGUAUCUGGGGCCAUAUAUAAAGCUGUCAUCUCCUUCAAUCCCUGUGGAUCAUCCAGUCCUCGGAGACUAAACUCCACUGCGGCCACACACCCACCUCAAGCGCAGCUUCCCUCUGCGUCUCAUGGUUGGACCGUAGAACAACCACAACUAUGGCUGUUUCCUCGAACUCCGUCUUGGGUUUCGGCUACAAGGUGCAGGUAAGGAUCCGGCAGGUGUCUACAUCUUAUCUGAAACGUACUGAAUUCAAGCAAAGCAGCUUUCUCUCCCCUUUGAGUAUGCCUCGCUUAGGCAGAGCGCGUCGGGAAUUGCAUCUUUCAGUUGCGGAGAGUGACCAAUUUUCCAUGGACUCUGCAGUUAGGAAUGCUGGCGAUGCUAAAAAAUCAGCUUCUGAAAUUGGUGUUGAGAGCUCCAGGGAUUUUACAUCCGAAACUUCCGUUGGAUCAGUCCCUAAUUCAAAUCCUGACCAGGAUCAGUCAUUGAAUGCCAAGUCACAAUCUACACCAAGAAGAUCACCCUUAACAGCACGAGAGAGAGUAAGGGCAGCCCGAGUUCUGAGCCGAUACUCAGAAGCAAAGACAUCUAAAUCAGAAAUGGGUAGCAAAGUGUUGGAUGCUCUAAAGGAGAGUGAUCGUGGAAAGAGGAGAUCUAGGCUUCCAGAAGCCCCUACUAACUUGUUGGAUGACAGCAAGCGUGGAAUGCCAAAGGAGGGCUUCACAUUCCAGUUUCCCGGUGGUGUUGAUUUGUUUUUCAUCGCCUUGUCGUUUGUGUUAAUCAGCACAGUGAUGUUCGCAACGACUUACCUUGUGUGGAAAGUCGGUGCCAUCCAUUUUAAUGAGUAUUAGGGUGGCGGAAAAUAUGAUUAUGGAUUUGUAGGCACUUGAAAUGCUCUUCCGAGGAUCAAGCAUUCCUACUUAUGGAUUAGAAAAUAUUGUUUGGUUCAACCUCAUGCAGCUUAUGCUAUGAAGAUUAAUGCAUUUAAAUUACCCACUUCAAUGUAGAUGAAAGAGAGAAAACUUAGCUA